UUCCUCAUUUCAAGUGCGGUCACCCUGAUGACAAAUCAUUUUUAGGCGGAUGAUAAUACAACUAGCGUUUAAAGUCUGCGAAUAUAUGUACAUAUAUUUAAUAUACUUAGUUGUGUUUUUGACGAACGAACAACAUGAUAAUUACAAUAAAAAAUCUUCAACAGCAAACAUUUACUAUUGAGUUUGCCCCUGAGAAAACGGUUUUAGAACUAAAAAAAAAAAUUUUUGAUGAGCGCGGUGCAGAUUAUGUCGCAGAAAAGCAAAAAUUGAUUUAUGCUGGCGUCAUAUUGACGGAUGAGCGUACCAUUGAAUCAUACAACGUAGAUGAAAAAAAGUUUAUAGUGGUAAUGUUGACACGCGAUUCAUCCAGUUCAAAGACAACUCAAAACCGCCUGAGAGAUUCUGACAAAUUUACAAACACCAACAAUUCAAAAGCUGCUCUAGAAACAGCAAACUCCAGUAAUUCGUCUGACACAGGUAAUUCACAAGGGAUGCCAUCGGCUUUAACAAAUGAAACUGCAAUUCCAAGACCUAUAUCUAGCAAUGACUUGAUUGGCGAAUUGGCCAAUGCGUCUUUGCAAUCGCGCGCUGAAUCUAACUUGCUUAUGGGAGACGAAUACAACCAAACUGUUCUAUCAAUGGUGGAAAUGGGUUACCCACGAGAAGAGGUGGAACGAGCAAUGGUCGCCAGCUAUAAUAACCCAGAAAGGGCUGUUGAGUACCUUGUUAAUGGCAUACCUGCAGAGGAAGAAGUUAUUUAUAAUGACGAAGCAACAAAUCCUAGUGCGAUUGACUCCGGACCACAAACUGCAUCUGCAUUGUCUGUCGGUCGUGUGGUAGAAUCGAAUUCAGAUCCGUUUGAAUUUUUACGAAACCAGCCUCAGUUUCUACAAAUGCGAUCUUUAAUUUAUCAAAACCCUCACCUUUUGCAUGCAGUAUUGCAGCAGAUUGGUCAGACAAACCCAGCACUUUUACAACUAAUUUCGGAGAACCAGGAUGCAUUUCUCAAUAUGCUUAAUCAACCGAUUGAAAGCGAAUCCGAAUCGAACGACACAUUACCCCGCGUUUCGAAUCCUCGUAGGUCAUCAAUUCUUGCUGAAACUGAAAAUCUGCUUUCACUAGAGUCAGAAGGGGCUGUUGCAUCAGAAAGAUCAGCCGCUGGUUCAAGUGUGGUACAGACAGGAGCUAACGUUGAGAACGAAGAAUUGGAACUACCUCCAGCCGUUUCAACGAUUCGCUUAAACCGUCAGGACCAGGAUGCAAUAGAACGGCUGAAAGCACUUGGAUUUCCAGAGGCACUUGUACUGCAAGCUUACUUCGCGUGUGAAAAGGAUGAGGAACUAGCAGCCAAUUUCUUGCUUUCUUCUAGCUUUGAUGAUUAGCUUGUCCAAAUGUAAAAGUUUAUACAUAUUCUAAAUAAAUCGUUGCGAAUAAAAUUAGAUGUUGCAAAACCAAA